CACAGUUAGAACGCGUCAAAGCGGAAAUUGAUUGACGCGGUGAAUUAUGGGCAAUUGUUUACAAUAACAGAUUAGGCGGGAGAAAAAGGCGGAGCAUAAACAGAUGAUACGAUUAGUAACCUCCUUAGGUUAUAUUACCUAUUUACCUGUUCGCAAAUAGCUGGAAAAGAAGGCGGAGCAUGAUUAAAAGUAAACACCUUCAUAACAAUGGAAUUUGACAACACGUGUUUGCAUUGUCAACAUUAUUUUGAUGUGAACAAUUUAAAAACGGAGCGAAGACGUAAACUUAUGAAACAUAGUGAUGUUGAUCUAAUUGAAACUAUUGCAAAUUGUUACCAGUUGGAGGAAAAUCUGUUGAGAAAGUAUGUUGAAGAAAAUGAAGACACUUAUGUAUGUGAUGCAUGUUUUAAAUCUCUUAAAACCAUAUACAACAGCCAGAAAAAAUGCAAACAGUUGACUGACACUCUCAAAGAAAAAGUUUCUAAUAACUUUAAGAAUCUCACCAUCAAGUUAGAAUAUGUCCGUGGCAACAAUAGUGUAAAGCGAAACAGGGACUGUUUAACCCCUUCUAAGACUGGAUGUACACCAAAAGGAAAGAAAUUGAGUCCACCCAGAGGAUCAACUCCUAAAGGCAAUAGAAGGAGACUGCAGUUCUCUACACCCAUUCCAAGAACUCAAACACAGUCACACUCACAGAAUCAGUCCCCUGGCCCCAAAGUCAAGGUGCAAAUUGAUUACCGCCAUAGUAAAAGAAAAACUAAUUUACAAGGACCUACUAAGCUGGCCUGUAGGGCUCUUGUAAUGAAACAAUACAAGACUGCACUGAACCAUCUACUUCAAAUUGACGAAGUCAAGAAAGAACUAGUUAACACUGUUAAGAAAACUAUAAACCAGGAAGUAAACAAAGUAUGUUCAGAUAAGAACUCUGUGUUGAGAUCAUCAAAUAUAGCUAGAUUUUCAUGGAAGACAGUACAUAAGCAAUUGCUGAACACAUGCCCCACUACAGUUGACCUCCUCAGACUUCUUGCUGGCAAAAAAGAGAAUAAUGUACCAAGAGUUGUAUCAAGUCUUGCCAUCCUACUUUUUUCAAGAAACCAACAGAUCAACACUUUUCAAGCAAUAAACAGUGUACUAAUGUUCAGGGGUCAUGUAAGAACUAAGGUUUACACUACAUUCAACCGUGCAGGACUGUGUACAUCAUACAAAUCAACAUUGUCCACUAUUGACAGAAUAUGUGAGAGUUUUGACCUGCCAGUGAAGAAAUGGGCUAAUAAGGUUGCAGAGAUGCAUAACAAAGAAAAUAGUAAUACGAAGGACUCAAGCUUAGAUGAUCAUAGUUAUGCUAUCCCAAUAGAUAUAGAAACUGAAACCAAGAUGGAGGAUACAUGUAUAUACACUGCUGAACCUUUGUUUGAAUCUCCAAUUGACCAUUCCAGACUUGACACAUCAGGAAAUCCUGAUUUGAGUCAAGAAAAUUUACAUUUACCUACACCAAUAAAAUGUGGAAGCUAUGAGUCAGAGGAGUUACUUCAAACACCAGCCUGCAAGAUAGACUUGUCAAUUGAUAUGGAUUCACCAUUCACAACAACUAUACCGGUAGAAGCAUCAUCAGAAUCUGGACCCUUUCAGAUUGUGAUGGAUAAUUUAAAUCUGCACCAGAAAACCAGGCACAAGACACUGGAUACCUCAAACAAGGUACAUAAUCUGGUGCAUUCAAUUGGAAUACAACACAGAGUAACGACAGACUUGGAGUCACUUUUGCCACAGGCAGACAUUUUGUCGAUACCGAAUGAAGCUUUCGUUCCAAACCAGACAGACCAUGAUGAUUUAUAUGCAGAUUUUCAAAUAUUAAUUCAGAGGGCUUUAGUCACCUAUAUACCAGAACUUAAAGAUUUUAGAGACCUUGUCACAUUUCACAUUGAACAUCAGUACUCCAAGGCUUCAGAGAAAAAAAGUGAUAUAGUACCUUUGGGGAUCUUAGAAAAGGAUGAGAAUAUCACAGAGCAGAUGAUAGAAGUUGUGCAGCAUUUACAACAAUAUGUUCCAAAAACCAAUGACGGAAAAUUUAUACCAAUACUGUUAGGAGGGGAUGCCUUAAGCGUUGAGCGUGGUGAGGCAGCAAGUCGGGCAAGAAUGGAUGCAAUUACUGAAGAAGACAGACUUGAAGGUUUUACGUGGAAAUCAGAAGACUGGCAUGGACAUGUUAUUUCUUUGCAGACAACUUUAUUGUCUAAAGACCAAGGAUUUGAACAAAAACAUGUCACCUGCACUGUACAACAAUAA